AUGGAGACUAUUAAGGGUAUCCUCUUCUAUGCGGCUAUGUGUGGACAGGUCCCUGAGAUGCACCUAUUUCUGCUGGGUAACCCCUUAUUUCUGUAUUUAAUUCCAGCUAUAGAGUCAUGGAAUGCAGUGUUAACCUUCACCCUAAAGGCUAUUAAUUCUCGCAUAACUAUCCAACGGGACGGUGAACUGGAGCUUAACGAUGACGGCAGCAGGGACUUCCUUUUAAAGUGGGCUGCAGUAAAGAAAAGUGAUCUGCUUAAAAUGAGUACCCGAGAUGUUAUUACAUAUCUCUCAACUAACAUAUUUGCCGGCUCAGAUACUACCGCCAUCGCUCUGAGAGUAAUUAUUUACUUCCUCAUUAAACAUCCAGAAAAUAUGAGAAUGGUUAUCGAAGAGAUCGAUACAGCUAAUUAA